CGCCUUUCCCUCUGCUGCUGAUGGCGUUGAUGGUCUGCACAGCAAGGCCACGCCCCAGCCUCUUCAGCUACUUCAAGGGCCUGUUUUACGCCGGCGACUCUAAGGAGACGACGAGUACAACGACAGCCGCGAUGGAGCCACCAGUGGCUCGAGCGACGCUGGAUCACGACCACGUGGACGCCCCUGUGCUGAAGGUGGCCCUACCGGCGCCCCACGCGGCAGCUGGCGACCACGUGCACCUGCGCCUACCCCAGCUGCACCACCACGCACCUGCUGGUCACGCACUGGACGUUCAUGAGCCCCUGCCGCAUCACGAAAAUGACCACAGGACGCUGUCGCUCCACAGCAGUGGUCUCCACUACGGCUGACCACACUGAAAUGCCCAGUGCAUCG